AUUGGGUGUGUUGUGUUUUUAAGUUUUUUAGUUUUUACAAUUUCGCUGAAUUUAAAACGUACAAAUUCUCCCGUAAUUUGGUAACAAAUAUUAUGAAUCAAAUUUAGUGGCGCAUAUAAAGCCUGUAUUUUACAUUUGGUACCGGAAAUUGAUUCAAUUAUGGAUUACGAUUAUCUUAUAAAACUACUGUGCGUUGGCGAUUCAGGAGUUGGAAAAACUAGUUUUCUGUAUAAAUAUACUGACGGUGUUUUUCACACUCAGUUUAUCUCCACAGUUGGUAUAGAUUUUCGAGAAAAGUCCGUGAUUUAUCAACAGAAUGGAAGGCAACACAGAAUACAUUUACAACUAUGGGACACCGCAGGACAAGAGAGAUUCCGGAGCCUAACAACAGCCUUUUACCGAGAUGCAAUGGGUUUCCUGCUUCUCUUUGAUUUGACUAAUGAGGCCUCUUUUCUUGAGGUCAGGAACUGGAUUGAGCAGUUGAAGACACACAGUUUGAGCGACGACCCAGACAUCGUCCUCUGCGGGCACAAAUGCGAUCUCCAAGAGAAACGCCUGGUCAACCAGAACAGAGCAAGAGAGUUCGCCAAGAACUACAACUUGCCUUAUUUAGAGACCAGCGCUAAGUCCGGGCAGAACAUAGAUCGGGCCAUUGAGAUACUGCUAGACAAAGUUAUGAUUAGAAUGGAGUCGUCAGUGGAGUACGCUAUGCUGUGUGCGUCAGGGCGGCGGCGGCAGUCCCUGCAGAGAUUGCAGGCCAAGCAGGAAAGCAAGCCUUGCUCCUGCUAGACUUAAGGUGGGUUCACUGCGACGCACACUGUGGAAGCUAGGUACUAGAAUGUUGCACAAAGCUUGGUAGACGUGUAAGGGCAGUCGCACAUUCAACGCGAUUUCACAAGAGAUACCCAUGAGAUUUAGUGAAAUACCUACAGGUUACGCGUUACUUAUGGAUAAGCAAUCGUAAGACCAAUCAAGACGUUUAAAAGAAGGUAAAUGGCUAAAUAAUUCCGAAGCUUCAUCCGAACUUCUUCGGAUUUAUUCACGUUCAGUCAAGUGCAAAAAUACGUAUCGAUUUUAUCCGCUCAAAAAUAUGUACCGAGACCUUAUUCCGCCGACAUAAAGUGCUAUGGGACAUAUUUUUGAUAAGUUGUACGCACCCAUAUUUUUACACUUGACUGUUCAUUUAUGUUGAAGUCAAGGAAAAAGAUACCUUACACAGUUGCUUAACUUCUUUGAUGGACAAAGUUACGCUGUCCCAAUUUUUAAUGAGUUCAGUUUCUAUAUGCGUAAUUUGGAUUCGUUUGAAUGUGUGAUGGGCCAAAUAUAAAAAAAAAUCCCCUUAAAAGUCAAUGUAGUUUACCUGUGCGUCGCAGUGGACUUUCAGAUUUAUUAUCUGUGAUUUUAUACAUUCCUAAUAUUUCAUAAUCAUUUUGGUCCUAAGUGCCAAAGACACCAUUAUCGUAAACAAUUAAGUUUCUAAAUUUUAAAUAAGAAACCUAUUUUUAGUUUAGUUAUAAACAAUAUUGGGUCUAACAGUGAGAGAGACUGAUUUUGAUUUUAUAGUACAAAAAAAUAACGAUAUCUUGGCAGGUUAAUACGGGCAUAGCCAGGGAAAACACUUGAAUAUGGUACUACAGCUAUGGUUGAAUAAAGCAUUGAAGUUUUACUCGGUCUUUAUGAAUAACACUAAACUAGAAACGAUCAAGAGUUUGCCUUCUGAACUAAUAACACCCAUUUCUUUUUGUUUAAUUAAAGCCAGUCCACCAACCUGCCAAUUCAUCGCUGCGUAUGAAACGCAACUAUCACUGUCGCACUGAUAUCACUCAUAUGGAAAAGUGAGAGAUACAAAAUGUUUCGAGUGAUUCUAGACGCAGGAAUAUAUGUAGUAUUAUCAGUAAUGUACUGGAUUAAAAAAUAGGUACACCCGGCGAUAAUGAUUGCACAUCGGUUUUUCGUCUUCGUGGAGCGUUGUCUCUUUCUUGCCAAUUGCGUAAAAUUGAUGUUACUUGCGCAGUUUUUUAAGACAAAUUAUUAGUCUUAGCAAGGCAAGUAAA